AUGGGAGAAGUCAAGCCUAUGCAGGAUCUGUGCGCGAUUUUCGUCCACGCCGGAGCAGGUUAUCACAGUCGUGAUAAUGAGUUGAAGCAUCUGAAAGUGUGUGAGCUCGCCGUUGAAGCAGGGAUGUCCUUUCUUCGCCAUGGAGGAACCGCAAUCGACGCCGUGGAGACGGCACUGAUGGUGCUUGAGGAUGCCCCAAUCACCAAUGCGGGACGCGGCAGCAAUUUGAAUGAACAAGGCGUAGUUGAAUGCGAUGCCUCGAUCGUCGAUCAUUUUGGUCGCAGCGGAGCCGCUGGCGCUGUGCCCAGUGUCAAGAAUCCUAUUGCACUUGCUCGCCGGAUCUAUGAAAAAGCAUGCGUAUCACCCGGCAUGCAGCGCGUCCCUCCAAACCUUCUCUGCGGCCAGGGUGCUGCAGACUUCGCAUGGGAUAACAAUAUCAUGGUGGUUCCCAAUGACAUGUUGGUGUCACCCCUGGCAGCCCAGCGCUUUAGAAACUGGACCGCUGAUAUUGCCCUAUGGGAGAUCGAGAACCCGAGACCCGAGAGUGAAGUGAUAUCGACUUGCCUUCGUCGGCCUCUGCCUCUGACCAUCGGUUCCUUCCCAAGUGUUCAGAGCCACAUGGAGGCUGCCCGUCGAAUCGGUGAAGAGUACAAUGUAUCUUCCCAACAUGUCAAUGCCGAGACUGUGGAUCAAUCUGAACCCAAGGUCCAACAGGAAUCCAAAGCCCAAUCAGACGGUACCCCUCCUCCUUCAACUAAUGGAGGUAGUGGCUCGGCGGGAUCUCGCAGCACGGUGCCUAUCCCAGAGCCUGAGAAGUCUCCUAAGUCUCAGCGUGAUCGCGAGGACUUCAUCACGGACACCGUUGGGGCAAUUGCAGUGGACAGUUUCGGUAACAUUGCCGCGGGAUCCUCAUCUGGAGGUAUUGGCAUGAAGCACUAUGGCCGGAUUGGCCCUGCAGCUCUGAUCGGCAUAGGCACACAUGUCAUUCCCAUCGACCCGACUGACCCAAGUGAAAGCACAGUUGCUGUUGUAGCCUCUGGUACUGGAGAGCACAUCGCGUCGACAUUUGCGGCCAGUACGUGUGCAAACCGCGUCUACUACAGCCACAAAAAGGCUCAAGGGGGACUUUUUGACAUCGUGAACGAAGAAGAGGCCAUUGAAUCCAUGAUUAAGAACGAAUUCAGUGGUCACCCUGCGGUUGUGAACAGUGAGAUCGAAAGCUCCCUCGGGCUGAUGAUUGUCAAGAAGACCACAGAAGGCAUCGCUCUCUUCUUUGCACACAAUACCGAGUCUUUUGCUAUUGGCUCCCUCUCGAAUAGAGAUGAGCGGGCUCAGUGCGUGAUGUCUCGAAACCCGAACAAAGCACCCGUUGCUCUGGGAGCAAGAAUGAUUCGGCCUUCACCUUCACCUCGGCCUCAGACUCAGCAUAAUCCAAAAAAUAAGAAGAAGCACAAGAUUCGUGACAAUUGUUUCCCUGAACGCGCUUCACUCCGCAAACGUCAUGACCACAGUUGA